AUGAACGGACACGCCGCCUCGAGGCAGAGCCUCUCCCACGAGGAGAAGAUGGGCCUCCUCGACGAGCGGACGCUCUCGGAUGUCGAGAGCGAGGGCAGCGGCAGCACCACUGUCGACGUCGAAAGCCGCCCAAUCUUUGACUCCGCAAAGCCGCCUUCAUACACCUCCUUCGCCGCCGUUCCCUCCGAAUUCCUACGCCUGACUCUCUGGCGCAGCCUAAUUGUUCGCACCUUUGUCUUCCUAACGCCCAGUUUCUUGCAAGGCCGCCAUGCGAGGGAGCAAAUAUGCCCGGCGAAGCUGUCCCCGACCGCCUAUCUCGAUGGCAUGCGUGGCCUUGCUGCCCUCUUCGUCUUCUUCUGCCACUACUUUUACCAAGCUUUCGUUAUUGCUGAGGGUUGGGGUUGUGAUACGACCAACUACCACAUCCUCAAGCUCCCGUUCCUUCGACUUUGGUACCAAGGACCGCCAGCCGUCUGCGUCUUCUUCGUCAUUUCCGGCUACGCCCUGUCCUACCGCCCGCUGAAGCUCAUCCGCAGCCGGUCCUUUGCCGAUUUCUCCACCACGAUGAGCUCCCUCGUGUUUCGCCGGGGCAUUCGCCUCUAUCUCCCGACGGCAAUCUCGACAUUCAUGAUUAUUGGGCUGCUGAGAAUCGGAGCGUACGAGUGGACCCGAGAGUUUGCCAACGACCGAACGUACAUGAAGAUCAUUGUCGAACCGCAUCCCGCAAGGAUGGAGAGUGCGUACGCGCAGUACAGAGACUGGGCUAUUCACAUGUUCAGAUUUGUCCACGUGUUUGGCUGGGAUAAGUUUGGUGGAAGCACUUCCUACGACGUACACCUAUGGACUAUUCCCGUCGAGUUUCGAUGCUCUCUCUACCUGUUCCUGGUCAUUAUUGGCACGGCUCGACUGCAGACGAAGCUGCGGUUUCUCGUCGUUGGCGCCAUCAUGUGCUUUGUUUAUCGUCACUCUCGAUGGGAACUCUUCCUCUUCUAUUGCGGCAUGCUGCUGGCUGAGUGGGACCACGUGCGCGGCGCCCACACGCCCACGCCCUCGCUGCCCGUCGACGAGAAACUUGCUCUCGGCCCUCGCAGGCCUUUUUGGAAGAGGAUGUUCUGGAUGCUGGUCAGCAUCCUCGGACUGUACCUCAUGUGCCAGCCCGAUGGCCGCGGCGAGAUUACUCCUGGUUGGGUGUACCUGUCAUCCCUGAUCCCAAAGUGGUGGACAGAAGAAAAAUACCGCUACUGGCAAUCGACUGGCGCCGUCGUCUUCGUCCUUGCUGUGGGACAUUCGAGAGGGUGGCAGCGAUUCUUCAACACGCCUGUGGUCCAGUACUUUGGCAAAAUCUCCUACGCUCUAUAUCUCAUGCACGGACCGGCGAUGCACACGGUGGGCUAUCACUGGGAGAAGUGGGCCUACGGCGUGACCGGCGUCCAGGGAUACUGGUACAACACGGGCUUCGUGCUUGGGUCGUUGUUCUGCAUCCCGACGGUGAUUUGGUGGGCAGACGUCUUUUGGCGGGCCGUGGACAUUCCCACUGUCAAGUUUGCCAAGUGGUUCGAGCAAAAGUGCAUAGUUAGGGAUUGA